ACUUGAGGCGGCAAAGGAAACAGAACCGAAAUCGCGUCGGGUCCAUCUAUAAAUAACGGCCUUCCCCUUCAACGAUAAGUGCACCGAAUGCGUGCUCCAAUUACACGAUUUAUCCGAGAUGCAAUACCUGUGAAAGAUGAAUAUUCAUCUACUGCCAAUAACAGUGUGCUCAUAAAAUGUGCAUCACCUUUUCCCAAAACUACUCAAAGUCCUGCGACAGGUCCUGUUACCGAAGAUGAAAUUAGAGCUUUUCUGAUGCAGAGAAAACAAGUGACCAAACUGAGUCUUGUCAGCAAAUUUAAAUCUCGUUUAAAAUGUAGAGAGGAUAAGAUUGCUUUUGCUAAUGUAUUGAGGAGGAUCUCCAAGAUACAGAAAACCGGUACAGCUAGCUAUGUUGUGUUACAGGAUGCAAUACCUGUGGAAGAUGAAUCUUCAUCUACAGCGAAUCACAGUUUUCUCAUAAAGCGUGCAUCACCCUUUCCCAAAACUGCUCAAAGUCUUGCCACAGGUCCUGUUACCGAAGAUGAAAUUAGAGCUUUUCUGUUGCAGAGAAAAUCAGUGACCACACUGCAUCUUGUCAGCAAAUUUAAAUCUCGUUUGCAACGUAGAGAGGAUAAGGCUGCUUUUGCUGAUGUAUUGAAGAGGAUCACCAAGAUACAGAAAACCGGUACAACUAGCUAUGUUGUGUUACGAGAGAGGCUGGAGUCAAAUACACAAGUACAUGGUCUGGCAGCCAAGAUUAAUCGUUUGGGCAUUAAUGAUUAGGAAGGAUAAUGGGGCAGUGCAGAUGGAUUUUCCUGGUUCUGUUAUAAAAUGAAACAUUCGCACUUUGAAUAUCCAAAGUGAAGGUUUCGACCUUUUUUUUAAUGAAGCGAAUCUGUAAUUUUGUUUUUGGAUUUUCUUUUAUUGGAUUGUUUAUUCGCUUCAUUGAA